AUGACUACAAAAAACAGUGAAAAGAUCGAAGCAACGAUCGUCAUGGACGUCGAAGCUAAUAAAGUAAGCAUUAAAAUUCCACCUUUUUGGAGAGAGAAACCCGACAUUUGGUUUUACCAAGUAGAAGCACAGUUUCAAAUAAAUAAGAUCACAACUGAAGAAACCAAAUUUAAUUAUUUGAUAUCCCAACUGGAACCGAAGUAUGUAGAAAAUAUUUGGGACAUUAUUAAAGACACUAAGCCUAACAAAUAUACCUUGGCGAAAGAAAGACUUUUAAAUACGUUUAAGGAAAGCGAAAACAAGAGAAUUCAGCGCUUAGUUACAGGAUUAGAACUUGGAGAUUACAAGCCAAGCCAACUUUUGCAAAAAAUGAAAAAUUUAGGAGCAGACGAUUUUUCAGAAAAAGUGUUAAAAUCUUUAUGGCUUGAUAAAAUGCCGAAUUUUAUACGAAAUAUUCUGCUUGUCAGUGAAGAAAGUUUAGAUAAACUGUCUACGAUGGCGGAUAAAAUUCACGAAAUGAAAACUGGGGAAGAAAUAUGUGCUGUUUCACCAAAUGUUACCAACAAUGAUGCUUUAAUUGCACGAAUAGCAGCAUUAGAACAGAAAAUUGAUUCACUGCAAAUAAAUGACCGUAGUAGAUCUAAAUUUAGAAAUAAUUACCGAAAUACAUCUCGAAGUCGCAGUCAUUCAAUAAAAGCAUUCAAUAGGAAAGGUAAAUAUUGUUACUAUCAUUUUAAAUUUGGUAAUCGUUGCCGACCUGAGAAAUGUUAUUCACCAUGUGCUUGGCGAGAAAAGUCGGAAAACUCCAUGAUGCAACAGGAUUAG